AUGCAGGGAACUCCUAGAGAGGUGGAAGUCAGUAAUCAGAGAAACAUGAGUUCGGAAAUCAUCCUAGAAAAAGAGAUGAAACAAACGGAGCUAAUUGAAGAAAUGGAGCAAUUAGUUCCUGAAAAAUUGUGGUCAAAACAUGACACAGAUGUUGGGCUGAUAAAAUCUGCUAGCCCUAUAGUCAUUAAGACAAAAUCAGGGGCUAAGUUGCCACACAAGUACCAAUAUCCCUUAAAACCUGAGGCAAUAAAAGGCAUCAGAGGUACUAUAGAAGGACUAACCACAGCAGGAGUGCUGUUUGAGACAUCCAGUCCUUGUAACACCCCUAUAUUGCCAGUUACCAAAGCGGAUAAAGCAAAAUGGCGCUUGGUGCAUGAUUUAAGGGCAGUUAAUGACAUAGUAGAAGAUUGGCCAGCAGAAGUUCCGAAUCCUCACACCCUGCUUACAAAUGUGCCGCCUGAUGCUAAGUAUUUUACAGUGAUUGAUCUGUGCUCUGCCUUUUUCAGUAUUCCAUUGGCAGAGAGCAGCAGGCAUUUGUUUGCCUUUACUUAUGAGGGGAAGCAAAUAUCCUAUACAAGGGUCCCUCAAGGGUUCCGCCAUAGCCCUCACAUAUUUAAUCAGCUGUUAAAAGCUGAUCUGGAAGAUCUAGUACUGGACAGUACACUUCUCCAGUAUGUGGAUGACUUGUUGAUCUGUGCCCCUACACUUGAGCAAUGCCACAGAGAUUCCAUUAAGGUUCUGACUAAAUUGGCAGAAGGAGGACAUAAAGCCUCCAAGACAAAGCUGCAGUAUUGUCUUCCCCAGGUAGAAUACUUGGGAAGAAUAAUUGCAUAUAAAACCAAAGCAAUAUCACAAAGUCAAUUGGAAGGAAUUAGCAAAGUGCCGCUUCCACAGACUGUUGGUCAUAUGAUGACAUUCCUGGGCAUGACUGGAUUCAGCUCAGAUUGGAUAGAGGAUUAUGCAAUCAAAACUGCCCAAUUAAGAGCCUUAAUGAAACAGGCAGGGCAGCAAAAUCUGAGAACCACACUAACAUGGAAUAAUGAUGCGACAAUAGCAUUUGAAUCCAUUAAAAGAGAACUGCAAAGUGCUCCAGCUCUCACAAGUCCUGACUAUACAAAACCCUUUCACCUCUAUGUAGCUAACAGAAAAGAGGGAUAUGCCUCUGCAGUAUUGAUGCAGGAGACUUGUAAGGGGAGGGGAAAACAGCCCAUUGCCUUUUAUAGUACAAAGUUGGACAGUGUAGCACAGGGGUAUCCUCCUUGUUAUCAAGGACUUGCAGCUGUAUAUUAUGCUUAUGAGAAGGCUUCUACUUUGACCAUGGGAUACCCUGUGAUAAUAUAUGCACAUCACAAGGUGGUUGAAAUGUUGGAACAAGGUAGAUUUGUUUUAACACAGGCCAGAACCCUGGCAUAUUCAGCUCUUUUGACAUAUCCUGAUGUAACAUUAAAAUAUUGUGCUACUGUAAACCCAGCAAAUUACAUACCUCUGGAUAAUGAAGGCACGCCACAUGAUUGUGUGUCUGAAUCGUUGGCGUUUACCCGUCUUAGACCAGAUUUAGAGUCUACGCCCAUACUAAAUGCGGCGGCUGAUUACUUUGUAGAUGGCUCCUGCUUCAGAGACCAUUUAGGAAAUCAUGCUGGUUUUGCUGUGGUCAAACGAGAAGGAAAUGAAUUUCUUCCUGUAAUUUCUCAGCAGUGUGAACAGCCAUGUUCAGCACAACUGGCUGAGUUGAAAGCCUUGACCACAGCUUGCCAGCUAGCAAAGGGGCAAGUUGUAAAUAUUUAUACAGACUCUGCAUAUGCUCAUGGAGUUUGUCAUCUUUAUGGAGCAGUUUGGAAACAAAGAGGGUUCAGGAAAAGUGAUGGUUCCCCAAUACAGCAUGCUGAGCAGAUAGUACAGUUAAUUUCAGCUAUGAUGCAACCUAAACUCUUGGGUAUUAUUAAGUGCCAAGCUCACAAAAAGGGAAAUGACUUUGUAAUACAAGGAAAUAAUGCUGCCGACGCAGAGGCCAGAAAAGCCUCAGGGUGCCAAGUUGCUGUAAUGGCCCCCAUGGUGUUAAUACAACCCGAGCCCCGAAUUACAGACCUUGCUCGCAUACAAGAGCAGGCAAGUGCUGUUGAACAAUCAGUAUGGCAGCAAAGGGGGGCCACAAGAGAUGUAAAUGGAGUAUGGCGAUCUCAUGAAGGACUAAUCAUUGCACCACAUGUUCUAUUGACUGUGUUAAUUUCUGAGACACAUGGAUUUGAUCAUUGCGGUCGAAAUGAGAUACUGAGAAAAAUCAAGCAACAAGGAUAUUGGUCACCUUAUUUGCAAGCGACAGUGGAUGAUUUUCUAACAGGGUGUGAUAUUUGUGCUCAGAACAAUGUGAGAAAAGGGACUUCAGCACCUAUAGGACACAUCCCUGUACCCGAGGGACCUUUUAAACACUUGGUAAUGGAUUAUGUCGACAUGAUCAAGUCAGUCAGAGGGAAGAGAUACAUGUUGGUGAUAAUAGAUAGAUUCAGCAGAUGGGUGGAAGCUGUGCCAUCAUCAGACCAGGGCUCUGGGACUGUGAUAAAGUUUUUGACAAGAGAAGUGAUUCCCAGGUUUGGAAUUCCCUCUGAGAUCAGUUCGGACAACGGCUCCUCAUUUAUUCAAAGAACUGUAAAAACUGUCUUGCAACAGUUUCGAAUAAAACAGCGGCUAGGGUGUGUCUACCAUCCCCAAUCUCAAGGAAUGGUUGAGAAGGCAAACGGAACCUUAAAAGCAAAGAUUAGCAAAAUCUGUGCAGACACCAAGUUGAACUGGGUAGAUGCCCUACCUCUGGCACUAAUGAACUAUCGCAUGCAAACUAACAGGACUACAAAUUUGACACCACAUGAGAUGCUCACGGGUAGGCCUAUGCCGGUGCCCUACUUAAGAGGCCCAUAUGAUGGACCGCCUUUGGAACAGCUGCAAGUUGAGUUAAGAACUUACAUGAGACAAUUAACUGCUAUACAUGAGGCUAUAUCUUCACAGGAGCAACGUCGAGGGCCUAGAGAGGACGAAGAAGCUCCAUGUGCAAUCGUACCAGGAGACAAAGUGUAUCUAAGAGUCUUCAGAAGAAAAUGGAAUGAGCCAAGACGAGAGGGGCCCUACACAGUCACAAGAGCAACACCAACGGCAGUACAAGUGGAGGGGAGUACUACCUGGUACCAUCUGAAUCACUGCACCAGAGUACCACAACUGCGACGGCGAGAUCCUGAGCAACCUGACGAGGAAGCCGAGGACCUAUCGGAGACUUCAGACGAAGGUCAGAGCCAAGAUGAUAGUCAGAGAACCCCUGAGGGGAUUCCAGAGUCCGCGCCAGAGACAUUGCUGUUCAAAAUGAAUGGUACAGAUCAGAUUUUGGACCUGCUGUGGGGUGACCCCAUUUCUCAGGACGGUUGUAUUCCCAAUGAGAUCAGAAGAGGAGGAUGUUACUGGGGUCCUUAUGUCAAAGAGGACAUUCUGAACAGAAACAACCUCCAGCUCAUCAUCCGUUCACAUGAGUAUUUCACAGGCAAUGUGCUGAACUUGGUAGAGAAAGGCUUGAACGACAGCAUCUCAUCUUUGAAAGUCAUCGGCGCACCAUGGGUCGCAUAUCACGAUAUCAAUUAUGACGGAAAUCAACGGGUGUUUGAGGAAGGAGAGUACCCUACCCUUGUGGACAAAGGGAAAUUUUCUUCUCUCAGAAUAAUCACAGAAGACCUGAGGAACCCUGAAAUCCAGCUGUUUCAGCACAAAAAUUAUGCAGGAGGAGAUGUAGUUCUGAACCAGGAGAUAAAUCUUCAUCAUAUUGAUUUUGGUGACACAGCUACAUCCCAUAAAGUGAAGAGUGGUGUUUGGGUUCUGUAUGAGCAUACCAAUCGUGAGGGGAGGCAGCUUGUUUCCUUCCCGGGGCAAGAAGUUCCCAAUUAUGUUGCGAUCGGCUUUAAUGAUGUGAUCAGCCAUGUUCGUCCCCUGCUGUCAAAAGCUUGA